ACCGUCGUCGGAGAUCAGCUUUCAUACGCAUUUCCUUUUACCCCACUGUUCUCUCCGACAAGGCAGGAUCUGAAAUUCAGGAAGUUGAAUUUGCCACAGAACAAAGGAAUUGACAUGGGCACGACCGGCGAUGGUGACUCUUCUCCAACUCGACCCAAAUGGCGGAAAGUCGCCUACGGCGGGAUGCAACCGGGAUUCGACGACAACCACACCGACGAGACUUUCCUGGCGGGAAUGGUGACGAACGCCAGCGUCGUCAAGCGGGAUAUUGGGAAAGUAAUGCAAGAUUCAAUCUCCAUCUCCCAAUACCUCUGCAUCGUCGCCCUCGUCGUCUUGGUCUGGACCUACACCCUCCGAUCAUCCCUGAGCGAAAACUCCCUCUUGAUUCUCGACAUAGCCCUCCUUGUUUCCGGCUUCCUAAUCCUAACCCUAACGGAGGAAAUGGUUUCCUUCAGUCUUCUCUUCCAUUACUUCCUCAACAUCUCCUUCUUCACCACUGGUUUAUACGUUCUGGCUCCGAUUUAUCAGACCCUGACAAGGUCCAUCAGCUCGGAUUCCAUCUGGGCAGUAACGUUUCCCCUUCUCCUUCUCCAUCUUUUCCUCCACGACUACUCCGGAUCCACAAUCACAGCUCCGGGAGCACUGAAAAACCCCAACUUGACAAGCUGUAUCUCCUUGAAUGCUUCUGUGGUGGCAUCAGUGUUCAUAGCCUCUCGCCUGCCGUCCAGGGUACAUGUCUUUGCCAUCAUGCUCUUCUCCUUACAGGUCUUCCUCUUUGCUCCAUUGAUCACCUAUUGCAUCAAGAAAUACUCUUUUCGAUUGCACCUUGUGUUUUCUGUGGGAUUGAUGGGUGUGACAUUGGCUCUUGUGUAUGCUCUGCAUCCUUUGGUCUUUGUAUUGCUUCUAGGGAUAUUCAUCUUUGUGACUGUGGUGUGCCCUUAUUGGCUUAUAAGGAUUCAAGCGUACAAAUUUGAGAUCAAUGGUCCUUGGGAUGAGGCUAAGCUCUGUUUUGAUAUAACAGAUUGAGAAAUUUUGAAAAUAAAAAGAUUUAAUUGCC